AUGCUCAGCAUUCAUCCUGGGGCAAGUGUCCGUGUUCCACGACGUGCCAAAAGUGGCCGUGAAUUUCCCAGUGCACGUUUAAUUUCUACCACCGUAACUUGCUACGUGGAUGCCCCCAGCGAGACAGACACGACUUGGAUUAUGCAAUAUGGCCAAUUCCUCGAUCACGACUUUACAAAAACUCCCGAAUUCAGAAUGGCUAAUUCCAGUACAAUCCCAUGUUGCAUGCCAAACGGGGGAUUCAUUAGUAAGAAUCUUGUCCACCCCGGGUGUUUUCCCAUUGAGAUACCACGAAGCGAUGCCUUUUUCUCCAGGUUUGGCCAACGUUGCAUGCCCUUGGUCCGUUCAGCUUCAGGACGCAGACCUGAUUGCAGCUUAGGUUGUGUUGAGCAGAUGAACCAGUUCACCCACAAAUUAGAUCAAUCGAAUGUAUACGGAUCUGGCGAUAAAUUAGCCAACGAACUGCGUACCUUCCAAGAAGGCAAAUGAAAUGUGACUCGUCGGAGUGAUUUAGAUUUACUCCCAGUCGAUGGCGAAUCCAAAGUGUCCUGUGCGUUAUCCAAACGAGUUUCCGGAAUUGAUCCACCUGGUGAAGUCAAGUGCUUUAAAGCAGGUGACACACCUCGAGUGAACGAACAUCCCAAUUUAGCUGUCGCGCACAUCGUCUUUUUACGGGAACACAACCGUCUGGCUGAAGAACUCGCCCGUCUCAAUUCGCACUGGGAUGACGAGCGUCUCUAUCAGGAAGGCAGGCGGAUUUUGACUGCGCAGAUGCAGCACAUCACCUACAACGAAUGGCUGCCGAUUAUUAUCGGAAGAGAGAAAAUGCAACAGCUUAGUUUAUUGCCAUUACAGCGAGGUUUUAGCCAAGAUAACGCUUCCAAUUUGAAUCCCACCAUUUUUAACGAAUUUGCUGGAGCUGCUUUCCGAUUCGGUCACACUCUUAUUCAAGGACGGCACCAGUAAGUUCUCAGUCAUUCAAAUAUAAAUGGGAACAAUGAAAGAGACAUUUUGCUACGUCAACAUUUUUUCAAAACGCAAGAGAUUUACACGCCCGGAAAUCUCGACAAGUUUCUUAUCGGAUUGGCUUCUCAACCCGGCCAAAAACCUGAAAACUAUUUCAGCCAAGAGCUCACCAAUCAUUUGUUUGAAGAGGAGGGCAAGGGCUUCGGUUUAGAUUUGGUUUCUUUAAACAUUCAACGCGGUCGCCAUCACGGUCUACCUGGUUACAAUGCCUAUCGAUCCAUAUGUGGCCUAAGUGCUGCAAAUAGUUUUAACGAUCUUCGUGAUCUAAUUCCCUCUCCGAUCGUUGUUCGUUUCGAGAGCUUGUACGAGUCGGUAGAUGAUGUAGACCUAUUUAUCGGAAGCAUUUCUGAGCGAUUGUCCAACGGUGCUCUGGUAGGUCCUACAUUUCAGUGUCUGAUUGCUGAACAGUUCUUAAGGCUAAAACGGGGCGAUCGCUACUUCUACGAUCUUUCUGAUCAAUCUGGUUCAUUUACUGAAGAACAAUUAAAUGAGAUCCGGCGAACGAGUUUUGCUCGUCUCGUCUGUCACAACAGCAAUGUCCGGUCUAUUCAACCACUGAUCUUCAAAUCCAAGGCUGCGGUCUAAGUGUUGACGCAAUUAGUUGUAAUUAAC